UUCAUUAGCUUGCCCUGAACAAUCUGAAGCGGUGCGUACUCUCUGCUCCAGCGCCGGCACCGCUCUUAAACGCCGUCAAUGUCAACAGGCUCAGAUUUCUCUCUCGCUAUGUCUUGAUUCUCACUCAAAUCCCUAACGAGUUCGCUAGCACCGUUGAGGAAGGGAGGAUGUUCAAGGCUUUGAUCCUUGAUGCACCAAACCUCUUCCCCAAGCUUAUGCCGGCUAUUAAGAGUAUUCAACUUGUUGAAGGCAAUGGUGGCCCCGGAAGCAUUCAAAAGAUCACCAUUGUUGAAGGUGAUAGCAUCAAAUAUGUGAAGCAUAGAAUUGAUGCCAUAGACAAAGAGAAUUUGAUAUAUAAUUAUGCAGUGAUCGAGGGCGAUGCUAAGCCGGAAAUGCUGGAAUUGGUUUCACAUGAGAUCAAGAUUGAACCUAGCAAAGAGGGUGGUUGCAAGAUCAAGAAUGUUAGCAAGUAUUAUCCCAAAAAAGGGUUUGAGAUCAAAGAAGAGGAUUUGAAGGAUGCCAGGGAGGAAGCAUUGGUUAUUCUCAAGGUAGUUGAUGCAUAUCUUGUGGCUAAUCCAAAAGCCUAUGCUUGAAGUUAUCUUAAAUUAUCUUAAGAGGAAGCUUUCAGCUUAAUAAGCUAUAAGCUAUAGUUUACUUUGAAGCCAAUUAUGAUAUGGCUAAUAAUAAGACUUAAUUGUGUUUGUUUUCUGUUUAUUGGGGUUUGAUGGUUAUGAUACCCUAAAAUUUAUUGCUA